AUGCGCUUCACUCACUUCUUGCUGGCGUUCGUCAUCGUCGCGGCUUCGGCUGCUGCGGCCCCGCAACCGUCUGACGACAACGGCUCGAUCUCUGCCCCCUCUACCGGCACCGACGCUCAAUCCAUCAUCGCGGCCUCAGCUCAUUCCAUGGGCACGUCCUCCGACUCGACCGACGACAGUGAUGCCAAGGAUCUCAAUCCCCAGCACGGUGAGCACAAUGGCCAGUGCGUGACUGCUUGUGCGAUCCAAUCCACCGCCGGCGUUGGAUGCGGCAACGACCUCACCAAGCCCGACUGCUUUUGCAAGAGCGAGAGCUUUAUGGAUCAGUCAUUCGCCUGCAUCAAUGCUACCUGCCCGCAACAGUUUCACGGCGCUGCCGGUGUCAUCAGUAGCAUCUGCAGCAGCGCCGGCGUUCCCAGUGUCAAGAUCGCCGGCUACAGCGGUACGGACAACUUGGAGAACAUGCCUCACGUCAGCAGCGCGUCGGCUGCCGCACUCACUACAAGCAUGCCUCCGGGCGUCAGUGGGAGCCACGCAACUGCUACUUCAUCGGAUGCUCCAAGCGCGAGCACUUCUGGUACCGGCACUUCUGGGACUGGCGACGCCUCUGACGGCGCGUCGAACGAAGGCACGUCGACGUAUACCAUGCCAAGCGACGUGCCGACGAACAUGGUGCCUCCGCCAGGUUCCGGUUCGGGCAACGGUUCGAACGGAGACGACCAGCCUCCCGCGAAGGCUCCUACUCCAGCUCCGGCUCCAAACAAGUCAGGUGCAGCUGGUGGAAGGAGCGAGGCGAUGGGAGCGGUUGCCCUGGCUGUCAGUGUUGCUGUGCUGGCCGCGACUGCCGGUGCCUGGACGCUGUUCUAG